UGUUCGAGAAGUAGUGGUCCUUUUUGGGAACUACACGUUUAAAUUAGGUUUAAAUGUUUGAACUAUAACGAAAGUAAAAUGUAAAGCACAAAGUUGUGGUGGUGUUAGAAAAUUGCCACAAUAAUUUUCUCCAUUGAGUAAAAAUAUGUGUGAAUAGAUGUACAUUAAAAGUGUAAAUGCUUUUGUCGUCGGAAAAUUGGAAAAAAAAUGUGACUACCGCUGCUAUCAAGAACGUGGCUGUUGCGCGUGUUUUCUUACAUAUAUGUAUAAAAGGUUCAGUUGGUGAUUGCCUAGAUUCAAAAUAAAUUAUAAACAAUAUGGCUCGAGGACAUCAAAAGCUGCAGUCUCAAGCUAAGGCUCAAGAAAAGCAAGCAAAAAUGAAAAAACAACAAGGCCAUAGUGCCAACGAUCAGAAGAAGGCAGCACAAAAGGCGCUCGUUCAUGUGUGCGCUGUUUGCAAGUCUCAAAUGCCCGAUCCAAAAACGUACAAACAACAUUUUGAGAAUAAGCAUCCCAAAAAUGAAAUGCCACCUGAAUUAAAAGAUGUGUAAAAUUUGCUAUGUUUUAAUCAUUCUGGCUGCAGUUAAUAUAAUCGAUAUUGAUACUUUUGAAUAAAUAUUGUAGAAACAAAGCCAGCAGCUACCCAUAAUUGACGAACAUGUGCAUUAUUGCUAAAGCAACUAAAAGGUCUGCUUUUGCGAUAACAUAGCUAAUUUUUUUGUAUUUGUUUUGUAGAGUUGUAAAAAACACUCAAACUAUAUUUUCUUUUUUAUGUUAAAUAAUUAAUAAAAAUGUAACCCAGACGUAUCAAUUAUGAUGUGUAAAUUUUGUAGCGGUCUGCAUACCAACCAAUAUGAAGUUAUUUACUACUGCCGUACUGCUUCGAUUCAGUUAACUUCAAAUGUGGUUAACUCAAAUUAAUAGUUCUUAACAUUGAUAAAGCUGUUUGAUUGUAUUUUUUUCAUAUAUAUAUAAAUACAAACAUAUUACACAGAAUUACGAUUUUUUAAAAUUGCAAGAUUAUAUUCGUAGAUAUAUACAUCUAAGAUUAAUAAUAGCAAAAGGCAAAAAAUAUAUUUAGUAUUGUAUCACUCAAGCAUGCAUAUAUACAUACACAAUUUUGUACUAUAUAAAUUGCAUAUUGAUAUAAUAUAAGCAAUUACUCCCCGCAUUGGCUCAUAUUUUUCUCCUGUGUAAAUUUGCCUUUGUAUUUUAACGUAGAAAAAUUAUGUUGUAAUUGAUUUAUGAGGAAAUUCAAUAAAUAUUAUUUAAAAGAAA